AUGGCAAGUAAGUUGUCCAUAGUUAUCCUUUGUCUUGCUUUGGUAGUGGUUCAGACCACAGCAGCAAGAGAAUUGCCAAGUGACAAAAGUCUUUCUGACCAAAAGAAUGUUUUCGGAGGCGCUGGAGUUAUAGGGGGCAUUGGUAGCAAUGGCCUGCCUUAUGGCGGAGUCAUAAGCGGAGUAGGUAGCAACGUUGGUGGAGUUGGUACUGGAAUUGGUGGAGGAGCUGGAUUUGGUUCAGUAGGUGGACUAGGUGGUGGACUAGGGGGUCUAGGAGGACUAGGUGGUGGCAUUGGUGGUGGUGCAGGUACUGGUGUUGGUGCUGGUGGUGCUGGGAACCUUCCACUUCCAUGA